AUGGUGGCCGGGAGUUGUGGUGGUGUCGGCAUAACCAGUCUGGAGAAAGCAGUAGCAGCGGCAGAGGCCGCUCACCUUAUUCCCCACAACAUGAGGGUGGAGGAAUUUACUGGUUAUGCCGACAACACGACAACUCCCGACCACUAUGUCAUUUACUGGGAACUCUCACCAACAACAGAUCAGACGGAAGGUUUUUCAGCAGAUUAUUUGAUGGGGCAGUGUUGUUUGGCAAUUGAGGAAUCAUUGGAUGCAACUUAUAAAGAAAUGCGUGUUUACGACAGAUCCAUCUGGCCGCUAGAAAUCAAGGUAGUGAAGAAUGGGACUUUUGACAGACUUAUGGACUUUGCUGUAUCUAGUGGUGCUUCCGUGGCUCAGUACAAACCUCCUAGGUGUGUUAGAUCUGCUUCCCUCUUGCAAAUUUUAGAUGCACCGGUUGUUUCUGCCCAUUUCAGUCCGCGUCCCCCAACUUGGUCGAUGUAG